CAUUACUUACGCGCUCUAAUACAAAGUGCCUGCCUUCUGGUUCUGCGAAAGACAACCAGCAGAACCUGAGCAUACUUCAGGACCUCUAUUCUGAGAUCCACCAUGUUCCGUCAGUCCUUCAGCCUCUUGAAGCAGUUUGGCUCCACUGCAAAGUCUCAGGAUGCCACAGGACUUCUACACGAGGACCUGGUUGUGGUGGAACAGAGAGUUGAACCGACCAAGAAGGCAGCGCAGGUCCUGUAUAAGAAGCUGCAGGCCUGCAUGCAGAGCCAAACCGGACUGGAUACUGAGAAGAGAAUGAAAAAGUUGCCUCUGAUGCUGCUGUCUCUCAGCAUGGCCGAGAGCCUGAAAGAUUUCGACGCAGACUCGCCCAUAAGGAGGGUGCUGGAGAUGUGCUGCUUCAUGGAGAAGAUGUUGGCCACCAUGUUGGCAGAUUUCGAGAUUCGUCUCGAAAAGGAAGUUUUGGAGCCUCUGAACAAACUCAGUGAGGAUGAUUUGCCCGAGAUCCUCAAAAACAAGAAGCAGUUUGCAAAGCUCACCAUGGACUGGAACAACGCCAAAAUCAGGAGCCAGAGCAGCACUGGGGCGCAGGCCAAGCAGGAUGGACUCAGAGAAGAAAUGGAAGAAGCCUGGAGGAAGCUGCAGAGCAUCAGGGACCAGUACUCAGCAGAUUUAUACCACUUUGCCACAAAGGAAGAAGAUUAUUCCAAUUAUUUCAUUCGACUUCUGGAACUACAAGCACAAUACCACAAACAUUCACAUGAGUUCUUGAAUGAGAACAUCAGUGAACUCAAAGAAGAUAGCAAUCGAAAAGGUCCCACCCUGACCCUGUCCGGUCGGAAGGUCUAUGGAGAAACUCUGCUCUCUCAUUUGUCGCAGAGCAAGAGGGAAAUCGCAGCACCCAUCCAGGAGUGUAUUUCAAUGCUGCUGAAAACAGGCAUGAGGGAGGAGGGGUUGUUUCGGCUGGCAGCAGCAGCCUCGGUGGUCAAGCGGCUGAAGUCCUGUCUGGACCAGGGGACAGUUGAUCACAGCGAAUUCAGCAUGGAUCCUCACGCUGUAGCAGGAGCGUUGAAGUGUUACCUACGAGAACUACCAGAACCUCUCAUGACCUUUGAACUCUACAAUGACUGGUUUAAAGCAGCAGGGGAGAAAGAAUUGACAGAGAAGCUGCAGCAGUUCCGAGCUCUGUUAAAGAAGCUGCCUUGUGAAAACUAUAACAACCUCAGGUACCUGGUACAGUUCCUUUCUCUGCUGUCAGAGCAGCAGGCCAUCAACAAGAUGAGUCCAAGUAACAUUGCCAUCGUUUUGGGCCCAAAUCUUCUCUGGCCCCAAAGUGAAGGUGAGCUGGCGAUGUUUGACAUGGCAGCAGCCUCCUCAGUGCAGGUGGUGACAGUCGUGGAGCCUCUGAUUCAAUACAGCUCUGACCUUUUCCCUGAAGAGGCGUCUUUUGAGAUCCCCCAACUUCUCAGGAGUGGCUCUCAAUCUUCAGUUCUUACUCCGUCUGAGAAGAAGAAAGCCAGCCGGAGCACCUCCUGCGCCGCUUCAUCCGUGUCCUCUUCUUUCUCCAACCAGCUCACGCUCUCCAAGACGAAGAGCGCAGCCACCCAGGACUGCAGCAUGGUCCAGUCAAAGCCGACCUUUCUCAGUCAAGGCGGGCCCACUCCGGCACCUCGAGCUGGACCCACCAACGUCAACGCUCUCCAGCCCUCACUCACUUCAAACGCAACAUCAAACCAGGGUCCUUCCAAGUCUAAAGAGUCUGCACCGAACCCCGUUUACACGAGGAGCCCCCCUCCGGAAAAACUCUCGGAUCAACAGCCUGGCAACAUAUCCUCCCCUUCAGCUGCUCCAGAGAGUGUGAAGGUGGCCUUGCCUCCAAAACCCAAAAGAUGCCUCAACGACGCCGUGGUGCCCAAGUUCCCUAAGCCUAAAGCCCCAGAGCCUCCGAGGCAUCAGGCGCCUCCUCCGCCCUCCUCUGCUGCUGGAACUGCUGUGAUGCCACAAGAUCAGCCUGCCAACCUUAAAAAGCCGCCCUCCAAAAAACCUGGAACCCGGUCACCAAACUGUCCUCCGCCUCUCCCCCCUCCAUCACAAGGGAAAGUGGUUCCCACAGUAGCUCAAUGAGACGACAGAGCUGGUCAUUUUCUGUUGCUUUUCCAGCUUUUUCAAUCAACACUCAGACUAAGUAGAAGCAUCUUUAUUGUUAUUGCAUAACAACAUAGCAUUGGCUACUGGGCGUGAACUGCAGCUUACUGAGGUUGGUUAAACAUAUGUGUGUGUGUGUACAUAUAUCUAUAUAUGUAUAUAACUAAGCGAGGUCAGCUGACAUCUUGAUGUAUAAAAACCGGUACAUGUCAAUGGUGACAAAAGGCAGUCACUCAAAUAAAAAGGUGCGUCGUGACACAAUUGAUUGGUUUGUUGUCCCAUAGUUGCUGUUGCGACUGAAACGCUGAGCUGUCUCGGCCUUGUCUCCCUUUUCACGUAGGCUUCCUGAGUUUAGUGAAUGACCAUCUGUACAAUCUGUCUAGAGCAGCGGACUGCCAUGUAUUUUGAACACAGAGGUCACGAGGACGUGUUUGUUCCAAACCGAGAGUGAAGCGAAUGUGAUUAUCUUGUAUAUUUGAUGGUAAUAGUAUGUUUUUUUUUUAGUUAUACAAUAUA